CAGCGCCUCUCCGUGUCAACACCAGGAGAUGAGCACCGCGACCAGCGGUCGAUAGCAGCUGCUCAAAGCCAACCGACGUGUGAGUUUUCCGGGGAUCGGAGUUAAGAACCAGCGGGUCCGCAACCAGGAGUGACAGCAGCCCCUGAAGAGUGUGUGUGUGUGUCAUGCACAUGGAGUGACCAGUCCCACUCAUGGAAACCCAGAGGAAGAGCUCUGGGGAUGAUGACGGAGGAGAGCGAGGCCUGCUCCACACCUGGAAGGGCUACUCCUGCAGCAUCACCCCCGACAGGCUGCUCCUGCCCCGGCCCGUCCUUCAGGUCGCCCUGGGCAUACGACACGGAGUUCUGUUGGUGGAAGGGGGACAGGUGUACAGUUUUGGGGAGCUGCCCUGGAAGCAGAGUCAUGUCCCCGGAGGACCCACCCAGGAAUGUGCUCUCAGCGGGCAGCGCGUGGUCGCCGUUGCAGCGGGCAGUUUCCACAGCGGGGCAGUGACGGAGGACGGCGGCGUCCACAUGUGGGGGGACAAUGGUGCAGGACAGUGUGGCCUGUCGGGCCUCAGUGCCGUCCCCAACCCGACUCCGGUUGCUCUGCUGGACUCAAACUCCAGUCCCCCGCAGACGGUGCCUGUGCUGGAGCUGGCCUGCGGGGAACAGCACACCCUGGCGCUGACGGUGCAGCGGGAGGUGUGGGCGUGGGGCAGCGGUUGCCAGCUGGGCCUCAAUGCUGCCACCUUCCCUGUGUGGAAGCCCCAAAAGGUAGAACACUUAGCAGGGAGGUAUGUGCUUCAGGUGGCCUGCGGGGCUUUACACAGCCUGGCUCUGGUGCGCUGCCUGGGACCCCAGGACGUCCAGCGGCCCCCCGUGGACAAAUGCAGACACUGUGACCAGCUGCUGUUCACCAUGACGGACAAAGAGGACCACGUCAUCAUCUCUGACGGUCACUACUGCCCCCCCGGCGCGGAGCAAACUAAGGAUCAGAGGAAGCUGGAGACGCCUGGCGCCGUCCACGGACUCAAAACAUCUCCAUCCGAGCCCGUCCUCUCCUCUCACACAUCCACCUCUGAUCCCCCAGCACCUCAGACAAGUGAGGACCCCUUCUCUGACUCUGCCCCCGUCCAGGACCUGGACAAAGAGGAAACCACCGUGGCUAACGGAGUGCUGCCUUGCUCCGACUCUGACCCCGCUGCUCAGUCUGAGGGCGGUGCUGUAUCAGUGGUCAAGAGUUCCCUCUAUCCAGACGAGCAGGCGGUCAAAGACUACCUGAAGAAACUGACAGACAACACACAGACAGAAGCGAAGUUGGGAGGCCUGCACAGUCUGCUUCCUUCAGGCGUGGGGCUGGCCUCCAGCCCGAGCGCCACACUCAACAACCUGGUGGCCUCUUGCGCCUCGGCUGUUGGCGAGCGGGUCGCCUCCACCUACGAGGCCUUGUCCCUCAAAAAGAUGAUGAACUACCUGCCCUCUGGGGCGUCUCGGCCCGGCGGGCCCAUUGGGCUUACCGGUACCGUCCAAGGAGUGGGCGACAACACCACAGAGCGUGUCCGCCAGGAGGACUCCAUGCAGGGCAAGAAGAGCUCCAGCACGGGAGACAUCCGCGAGGAGGAGGCAGAGAGCAUGCGGCGCCGCCUCUCGCUCCCGGGACUCCUCUCACAGGUGUCCCCGCGGCUGCUGAGGAAAGCCGUUCGCCCCAGGAUGCGCGCCGUCGCCCUCACCCCACUGGGAGCUGUGGUCCCAGAGGCCCCGGACGUGCUGCCCACCCUGCACACCGAAGUGUGGAGCUGGGGCCACGGCGAGCACGGACAGCUGGGACACGGCGACAACCAGGCCAGAUUACAGCCACAGUGCAUCAAGAGUCUGAACAGUAAGGAGGUGGUGCGGGUGACGGCAGGCGCGGGUCAUUCCCUCGCUCUGACCGCUCAGUCUCAGGUAUUUUCAUGGGGAAACAACAGCGCUGGUCAGCUCGGACACAUGGAGACACCCAGCACCAUCCCCCGUCUCGCAAAGCUGUCGGAGGGCAUCCGGGUGUGGGACGUGAGCGCCGGGGAGAAACACACCCUCCUCCUGGCAGACGGCGACUGCAUCCAGCCCAUCAUCUAUUACAGCGGGCAGCAGGUGAAGGCGGCGGAGGAGGAGAGCGAGGCCAAGGAGCCAGGUCAUCAGGAAGAGGGAGAGGAGGAGCAGGAGCGGAAAGGGGGCUACACCCCGCAGCCCGUACUGCUGCCUUUCUGCAUGCAUCUGGGUUAUGUCAGCAGUGUGUUUGCGGGGGGCAAACGGUGCGUGGCACUCUCGGAUAGAAACGUAAUGGGCUUCAUCGCCAGCCUCCACGAGCUGGCCGCAACCGAGAGGAAGUUCUACUGCAAGCUGUGCAGCAUCAAGACACAGAUAAUACGCCCCCUGCUGGAGCUGGGUAAGGGUGAAACAAACGGAAAUAUCGAGGCCCAAAAAGUUAGAAUCUCUCUUAAACCUCAGUUGAAUUUGUUCUGUUCCUGUCCCCGCCCUUCUCCAGAAUCCCUGAGCUCCGCCCUUGGCCAGGUGACCUUCGGCCUCCUGCAGGUCCUUGCAGGUCAGUUCAGCCUCCUGUGUCACGUGACCGGGCAGCACGCCGCCAGUCUCACGGCCAACCUGCGGCGUGGACGAGAUGUCAAAAGUCUGCUCAUCCUCGACCACGCCAGCAUCUUCCUCGACUCCUAUAACGAGUACUGCAGCACCCUGGGUAGCUUCCAGGUGAUGGGAGGUGUCCAGGCCCUGACCAAGCCCUCGCUCGAUUUCUUUGGGAAGAGUCCCGGGCUGCUCCAGCGGCUGUCGGAGUGCAGCGAGGAGAACCCCCCCGUGGCAGACCUCCUGUCGGCGCUCUUCUACCUCCCGACCAACCACAUUCGUGAAUACGGCCGGCUGCUGCUCAAACUGGCCACCUGCUUCGAAGUGUGCUCCAGUGACUACCAGAAGCUGCAGGACAGCUGCUCCAAGUUUGAGGCGUUUGCCCUCCAGCUGAAGAGAAGACGGAAAGACGCCGAGUACACGUUUCACUUCUGGAAGAGCUUCCCUGGCAAAAUGACGGACUCUCUGAGGAGGCCUCACCGUCGGCUGAUCUGCGAGAGCAGCAACAAGGCUCUGACCCUGCAGAACGCCGGGAGGUUCUCCGUCAACUGGUUCAUCCUUUUCAACGACGCUGUGGUCCACGCGCAGUUCUCUACCCAUCACGUCUUCCCUCUGGCCACGCUGUGGGUGGAGCCCAUCCCAGAGGAGAACACUGGCAUAUACGGUUUGAAGGUGAUCACACCAGAGGAGACGUUCACCCUGAUGGCCUCCUCUCCCAUGGAGAAGGCCAAGUGGCUUCGCGCCAUCAACCAGACGGUGGACCAGGCGCUGAGCGGAGCCAUGUAUGACACGGCAUCCUUCAGCCCGGGGUCGGGGCCAAAGCUGGAGCCUCCUACCUCCAGGACGGCAUCCUACACUUUUUAUAAGGAUGGACGUCUGAAAGAGGCCAAGUACGAAGGCCUCUGGCUCGCUGGCAAACCCAACGGCAGGGGAGUGUUAAAAUGGCCUGAUGGGCGAAUAUACACAGGGGAGUUCAAGAACGGACUGGAAGAUGGGUUUGGGGAAUUUGUCGCUCCCAUUAAAACGCUCAACAAGAACGAUCACUAUCAAGGUCACUGGAAAGAUGGGAAGAUGCACGGCCUCGGGACAUACAAGUAUGCCAGUGGUGAGGUUUACGAUGGAUCCUUCCAGGAUGGGAUGCGACACGGCCAUGGCAUGCUGCGCAGCGGCAAACUCAACACGUCCUCCCCCAGCGUCUUCAUAGGCCAGUGGCUGCAGGACAAGAAGACCGGCUAUGGAGUCUUUGACGAUAUCACAAAGGGAGAGAAGUACAUGGGCAUGUGGCAGGACCACCUGCGCCAGGGCACCGGGGUGGUCGUCACCCAGUUUGGCCUGUACUACGAAGGAACCUUCAAAGAUAAUAAAAUGAUGGGCGCUGGGAUCCUUGUGUCAGAGGACGACACGACGUAUGAGGGUGAAUUCUCUGACGACUGGACCCUGAACGGGAAGGGUGUGCUGACCAUGGCGAACGGUGACUACCUGGAGGGCUCCUUCGGUGGCGAAUGGGGCUCCAGCCUCAAGGUGACGGGCUCCUACUUCAAACCGCACCUAUUCGACACCGACAAAGAAAAGACUCAUGUUGUGAAGCUCGGCCGUCUGUGUGUCGGCUCGGAGGACAAGUGGAAGGCGGUGUUUCUGGAGUGCUGGAGUCAGCUGGGCUGCGAGACGCCGGGGCAAGGGGAAACCGGGAAGGCCUGGGAGAAUAUCGCCUCGGCCCUCACCACCACCCGGUGGCAGCUCCAGGACAGGCCGGAGAUUCUCUCCCGGAGCCACAGUAGAACCCUGGAGAGUCUCGAGGUCAUCCCGCAGCAUGAAGGACCCAUCACUAUGGACCGAUAUCACACCAUCCGCCUCUACCUCAUCAAGGCGUGCGACACCCCACUCCACCCACUGGGGCGGCUGGUGGAGACCCUGGUGGCGGUCUACAGGAUGACCUACGUGGGCGUGGGAGCCAACCGGCGCCUCCUGCCUCAGGCUGUCAAUGAAAUCCAGUCUUACCUCAAUAGUAUCUUCCAGAUUGUCAGGUUUCUGUUCCCAGAUCUGCCAGAGGAGGGCGGCCAGAUUCCAGAGCCGAGCACCAACCUCCAGGACAAGAAGGAGCCGGGCUCGACUGAUGCCCCACUGCAGUCACCCAAACCUGUCCAUGUGGUGAGCUGCUCGGCUCUGCUGCUUCCCGUCCUGCUGCCUCGUCUCUACCCGCCACUCUUCACCCUCUACGCACUCGACAAAGAGAAGGAAGACGGCGUCUACUGGGAUUGCGUCCUGCGCCUCAACAAGCAGGCCGACCUCGCCCUCCUUGCCUUCCUGGGCGUCCAGCAAAAGUUCUGGCCUGUUUCCAUUUCUGUCUCCGUUCCUGCACUGGGGGAGAAGCAGCAGGUUCUCUCCAGCACCAAAGACGCCUGCUUUGCCUCUGCAGUGGAAACCCUGCAGCAGAUUAGCACGACGUUCACCCCGUCUGACAAGCUGCAGGUGAUCCAGCUCACCUUCGAGGAGAUCACACAGGAGGUCCAGUCCCUGCUGAAGCAAGACUUCCUGUGGUCCAUGGACGACCUGUUCCCCGUCUUCCUCUACGUUGUGCUGCGAGCUCGUAUCAGGAACCUGGGGUCAGAGGUCAGCCUGAUCGAAGACCUGAUGGACCCCAGCGUCCAGCACGGAGAGCAUGGCAUCAUGUUCACCACGCUCAAGGCGUGUUACUACCAGAUCCAGCAUGAGAAGAUCACCUAGCGUGGCGUUAGUCCCUCUGUGAGCCACACGCCGCUGCCCCACCCCCCCCUGCUUCGACACACACCAAUCGCAGGGCCAGGACCAACCAGGCUUUGGAUUUGAUGGAUGUGUGCGGUGGCCAAUGGGAGGCGGAGGAUCACACGAACAGGUUGCAGGCAGGCUCCAUCUGCUGCUGUCAUGGAGACGGGGGGGGGGGGGCUGUCUCUGACACACACACACACACACAAACACUGCGGAGGUGUUCACCUUCUCGAUGACCUUUACCAGCCUCUAAUCUACGGAUCGUGAAGUUACACACGUGACCAGUGGCACUUUGUAACGUCCAGUGUGAAAUGAUGAGGCUCACAUCUGAAAGACUGGGAGACCCUGACGCUGCUGCUGUUGGAUACUACAUCACUGGUUUCAUUAUUUUUUAGUCAGUGCUAAUGAGAAUGCUUAUUUUCUGCAUCCUGUGAAAAACCGGACCUCAUUUUCUUACUUUCGGGGUGAAAGUCAACUUUUUAUGGCAGAUUAAUGAAUAUGAAACUUUGUUUUCCCCGAGUGAUUUCAACUCUCUGGACUCUUUUAUGAAGAAAUGGGACGCGACAAAAAGAAAAGCACGAUCUCCCAAAAGCAUGUGACUCUCUGAAUGUGACCUGAAUGUUGUUUUUUAAUUUAAUCCGAACCGACAGUAUUCUUACAGCUCGUUCAGGGCAGUGUUUUUCACCACUGCAUGGAAGCGUCUGCUCCUCAGUGUUAUUUGGGGAAGUUAACCAGACGUGCAUAUGCAAAACAAACCAGUUUUAGAAGAGAGAAGACUGACGGGUUAGUUUUGAGAAUGUGGUUCUUGUUAACCUUCCCUACUUCGAUUUCAACUGAAACUCUGUAGAGCCAUCUCUCAUGGAUUGGACUGGACAGCACGCCAUGGUUUGAUACUGGAGAUGUGCAGUUGGUGAAUACACACCGACUUGACUUUAACUCUAAAUGACUAAUGAAUACGGUUCGGAGCAGCUACUCCAACUUCCCAUUCCAAUUAGUACGUGGGAGAAGAGAGCUGACGGUUUUCUGUAGACGCAGCUGCAGCACAAGCUUCAGCUGGAUUUAUUCACUUGAAGGCACACACGUAUUUCAACUGACACUUGGAACUUUUAUGGUUUGUUUCCUACUGCAAAACCAGCUUAAGAGCUACAUCUUAAUACGGUGGAAAGAAAUGUUCUCUCCCAGACAAUCUGAACACGUCUAGUGUUGGUUUCUGAGCCCAGAUCUCAGUAUUAUUUCAUAUCGGGGACGUAAUCUUUAGUCUUUUUACAUAUCGUUCCUGCUGUGUAAAAAUCCAACUGCUCCAAAUCCAGAUCAUCCUGAAUUCUCCAGAUCAACUGAAGGAUUGAACUUCCCCCUUCCCCUCUAAAAGAUAAAUAGACUAUUUAAAUUCCCAGCGGCGGAGACGUCAUAUUUGUGAACGGCAAUCACCAGUGCAAAUCGUUUUAUUUAACCGAGCAGAAGACUUAAGGACAUUCCGCUGAUAAAGAUCAGCCCUUUCCCUACUGACCAUAAGUAUGAAUUAGGUUAUUGGAUAAAGCUUUGGAUCAGAAAACUGAAAAUAGCCCCAAGAGUUCUUGAUCUUUGAAAUAAUGAACACAAAAGUUGAUAUUUUCCCGAUGCAAGUGAAGCGUCUGCAGAGAGGCCGGGCGGGCAGCAUAAUGCAAACACUGUUAUUUUAGAAUCGAAGCCGGUUCCCUGCCCUUGUUUCUGUUAAUACUGAUUGUUCUUUUUUUUAAACCAUACACAGCACUAACCGUCCGACAUUGUUGCUUAUUCGCGUCACACAUGCCAGUUUAUAAAAAGGGCUUAAGAGAGGAUUCAGAGGAUGAUCAAGCCUUUUUUUUUUAUGUCGUGGCUUUUGUUUUCUCAGACGGUUUAACAAUAGAAAAGCCACUGGGCCACAUGCAGGAUUUUUUUGGAAGGACGUUGGUGCCAAGUGGGUGAGAUUCAAAUCUAGAAUUGUAAUUGUGCUCCUGUGCACUAUUUUAAUCGAAACUGUUUAUGAGGAUGAUGGAUUUUGUGUGGUCAAAUAUCCCAAUAAGUCCUCCAGGCACUUUGUAAUGUAAGAAUUUCAAGAGCUAUCAUCCAAAGUAAACCUCUCAGAGCAGAACCAUUGGAAAUCAGGCCUUCCUCAUACUUCUGUGACACAAUUCUGUGUCAUGGAUUGUAACCUCCUGUCACUCUCGGGACCGUACGUGCCUGAUCUCAAAUCAGUGAAGCAAUAUCGUCUCUGUAACGCCCCCCCCCCCCCCCCCCCAAUAAACUAUGGAUGCACUGUAGUUAAAACAUUUUAAUUGAAUUGUUGCUGCUGCCGUUCAAAAGGAAGGACACACCAACACAACUGACGACCCAUUCAGAUCGUGAUAUUUAAUUUAACCACUGUACCGUGACUGACUCUGACAUGAAGAGCUGCUUGAUGUUGUCAAUGUAAACUGAAGAGAAUUGUACGAACCCCCGCGACAACUGACCGCUUCGAUGUACUGACCUCAACCGCAACAGUUCACUGUGGAAAUACCUGAGUUUGUUGUAAAAAGUAACUGUAAAGAGUUUGCUGUUAUUGUUUGUUUCAGCUGGCUGACAUGACGCCGAACCCUGUGUGUCUUUUACAUGAUGUCACGUGUGUUGUACCUUUUUUAAAUGACAACGAAGGGCAAUAAACGUAUUUAAUGGACA